AUGGACAAAGGAAAGCUUAAUGGCAAUGAUACUUCAGAAAAUGACCGCCGGUGGUAUUAUUGGUUGGCAAUAUUUGCACAAAUACCGGCCAUCGUUGCAAUUUUUCUAAUUCUUAUCCUUUUUGGAAAAUAUCGAGGUGGAUUCGAAUGGGGAUCGAAUCUUGACGCUCUAUUUAAUUAUCAUCCAUUAUGUAUGACACUUGGCAUGGUAUUUUUCUAUGGUGAUGCAAUUUUGGUUUAUCGUCUCUUUCCUCAUACAAGUAAAGUUGCCAUUAAAUUGAUUCAUGGGUUUUUAUUAGCACUUUCACUUAUAUUGUCAUCAAUUGGUCUUUCGGCUAUUUUUGAGAAUCAUGCUCAAUCGAAGCCUCCAAAAUCUGAUUUGUAUACACUUCAUUCGUGGAUUGGUAUUACAACUGUGAUUUUAUUUGGUUUACAAUGGGUUUGUGGUUUUCUUACUUUUCUUUUUCCGCAAUUAAGUGAACGUGUUCGUCGAGCAUAUAUGCCAAGUCAUAGAUUUUGGGGUAAAACUAUAUUUAUUUUUGCUAUCAUGGCUAUGAUGAUGGGUAUUGUUGAAUAUUGUGCAUUUGCACAAUUAUUUUCUCCAGGAACAAAAUUUCAAGAAACUAUGUUAAAUAUGGUUGGCGUUAUGUUUUUGAUGUUUGCUGUUAUUGUUCUUUACCUAGUUGGUAAUGAUAAUUUUCACAGACCUAAAGAAGUUGAUGACGAUGAACAUUUACCUUUAACUGAGUGA